AUGGCUGGACAAAAUAAUGUAGUAAAUUGGGAUGAUAAAACUGGUGCUGUUUAUUUAUUAUUUGCUGAUUUAAUUCAUAAAUAUGGUCAAGAAGGUCAAGAAGAUUUAAGUAAAUGGAAAAAUGAAGCUGAACGUUAUUUAGAUGGAAUAAUUAAUUUAUCAACUUGUUCACUUACCAAAGGUGGACUUUAUUGGUGUGAUGGAGAUAGUGAAUCAGCUUCCUUAAAUCCUGCACUUAAUGCCGCAUUCUUAUUAUUACUUUAUAGUUCUUUAAAUAUAUCAACUUCUUCUUCUAUCGAAAAAAUUCAAA